UCCUCCCCCUCUGUCUCUUCCUCCCGCCCUCCAACCCGUCCUCGUGUCCCAGUAAAGCGCUUUGAGCUCCGGGACUCGUCCUAGUAGCCUAACGCCGUCAGAUGGAAACAUGGCGACAGAGUUCCAUAACCUCCAAGAGUUGAGGCACAGUGCAUCUCUGGCCAACAAGGUGUUCCUGCAGAGAGACUACAGUGAAGGGACCACCUGCCGCUUCCAGACCAAGUUCCCCUCUGAGCUGGAGAGCAGGAUUGAGCGGCCGUUGUUUGAGGACACCGUGAAGAGGUUGAAUAUCUACUAUGCGGAGGCAGAGAAGAUGGGAGGCCAGUCCUACCUGGAGGGAUGUCUGGCCUGCGCUACAGCCUACCUCAUCUUCCUCUGUAUGGAGACACGCUAUGAGAAGGUGUUGAAGAAGAUAGGCAGGUACAUCCAGGAGCAGAAUGAGAAGAUCUACGCCCCGCGAGGUCUACUCAUCACUGACCCCAUUGAGAGGGGCAUGAGGGUCAGAUCUCUAUCUAUGAGGACCGAGGCUCCAGUGGCUCCUGCUCAGGCUCCAGCUCUACGUCCGGCAGCAGUGCUCGGUGACCGGGUACAUGUCACCUCCUCGCCACCUCCCCGGUCCCUGGAACGCUACACCCAACCACAGUGUUCGGUGACUGGGUCCACGGCACCUCUACCCCCCUGAUCCCUGGAGCUCUACAACCCUGGUCCCUUAGAGAACCACCCCGACAGCAGUGCUUGGUGGGCUGGGUAUGCCUCACCUACCGCAACCACAAUGGCCCUGACCGUAACAAACUUGAGCUAACCGACCGAACAUUCGAUCGCAACUGAACCACAUGGACCGAAGCGGAUGAAGCUGAAUCUAUCAAUGGUGGGAAUACUGACGAUUUAAAAUUGCAUUUUGGUUACGUCCCAAAUGGCAGCUUUUUCAGGCCCUGGUAAAAAAGACACUAUAUAGGGAGCCAUUUGGGACACAAUUCCUCCUAUAGUGCACUAGUUUGGGGCUCUGGUUAAAAGUAGUGCACUGUGUUUGAAGAUAGUAGUGUUCAGUAGUGUUCAAGAUAGGGACUAGGGUGUCAUUUGAUAUGGAACGAUGAUGGACUACUACACACCUACCUGUAUUCAUUAGUGCACAUCGUAGUGAAACGUUUGAACCAGGGAAAACAGUUCGUGUUGGACACGUUUCAGGUAGUCCCUCUACUGUUUCAGUUUGUUUUCUGCCGUUUGGCGUCUUGUGAAUAGGCCCACAUCCAGACACGUACUGUGGGAGAUCUAGGGUACUUCCCAAAUGGCACCCUAUUCCCUAUAUAGUGCUCUAAUUCUGACCUGGGCCCUAGUAGUGCACUAUAUAGGGAGUAGGGAGCCAUUGGGACGCAGCACUACACAGCUCGGCUGAGAUGUAAACCACAUGGAUGGGCUGAUAGUAGAAAACAGAUGAAUGCAGCUUGUUCCAUCCACAGACAUAUAUUGUAGCCUGUAUAAAUGGCUCAGGUACCAUCCACUGGUCAGUGUCAUGAUGCAGCUUGGUAUCAAACACUCCACAGCCCAUCUAACCUCUUGUCUUCAGUGCUGAACCACCAGCUCUCCUAGAUCAUGAUUAUGCAAAUACACAGCUACCUGUAGAGACUAUGUAGCAUCCUUUAACAUAGUGUUCUUCAGUCCUGGUGUUUUAGUGCUGGUCUGGAACAAAAGCCUGCACCAGGACCCUGUAAUAAAGUCAUGAACAAUUCUUCUUGCACGCGCACAAACACUCCUUCCUUUUUUGCUACAUAAACCCUCCUCCAAAGAACCAUAAACUGCCAAAAUGUAAUUAGUUCUUGAUGUGAAGUGUCUGCCUUUUUAUUUUAAUCUGGGACAUGUUUAUGCAAAAAUAGAG